CUGUAACGUUUAAGAAAGGAGGCGCGGACAACUCUCUUCUUCUUCGUCUGAGCGCCAAUGGAUCCAUACGGACCGCCAUUGACAGAGCCCUUAACCCCACAAGAGAAGCAGCUCAUGAACGAAGUCAUUUUCCUUCAUUAUCUCUGGCAGCAAGGUCCGCCCGCAACCCAAUUCACCCACUUUCCUCACCCUAACCCUAAUAUCCAUCCUCCUCCCAAUCAAUUGAGGAGGAAUCUGGGUGCUUCGGCCUUCCCCAGCGUCGGUGCCGGACAGAGAAGCAAGCGCGCAAAACGGAAUCCCCAUGACCAACAACAAACUGGUUCUGGUCCCGAGUGGCCCGUCGACUCUCAGCCGCAACCUCCGCCUCCGACCGACUCACCCUGGCCUGCUUCGAAGCCGAACCCCGCCGGCGAAAAUGGGGAAGUGUCUAAAUCCGAUAAUGACGGGGCGGCGGCGAAGCUCGCGGCAAUGCAAUUGCAGCAGAAAGCUGCCGGGAGAUUCAAGGAGUUCCUCGUCCGGAAAAGGGUUGAUUGUGAUCCCGGCUUGGAUCGUGGCGAGGAAGGAGAAGAGGGCGAGCCGCUCGGUUCCGCGAGUGAUGUUCAGGAGAGUGAGGAAUUUAAGUUCCUGCUGAGUUUGUUUGUGGAAGACCAUGAACUGAGGCAGCUCUAUGAGAAAAACCAAGAAAAUGGGGAGCUUUGUUGCAUCGUAUGUGGAGCAAUGGGGGUUAACGCGAGGAGAGCGUUCAAGAGCUGCACUACCCUUGUUCACCACGCCAUGCGGCUUACAAAGACGAAGCGGCAACGAUCCCACCGAGCUUUUGGCCAUGUUAUUUUCAGGGUUUUUGGAUGGGAUCUCAGCAAGUAUCCUGCAAUUGUUGUCAAGGAUGAACCUCUUGGUCGUUCUUUACAGAAUUCGGGCGCCACCCAGGGAACCCAGCUGUCACAUGUUUCUGAUGCUCAGUGGCCUGCUUGGGAUCCUCAAACCAGUUCAGUGAAGACGGCAAAUUCUACCGACGAGCCUGUGAUGCUUGCUGAGGUGCAGAUUAUGCAGAGGGCAUUGGUUGAAUGUAAAAUGUUCUUUAUGGAGACAUCUAAGUCGGUCAGUGAUGGUGACGACGAGGAAAGUGAAGAUGAUAAUGAGCUAGACAACAAGGAUGUUGAUGAGUUGAGUUUCUUUAUGAAAUUGUUCACAGAGGACAGUGAGCUGAGCAACUAUUAUAAAAGUAAUCAUGAAGGUGGGGACUUUUGUUGUUUGGUCUGCUGUGCUAUUGGGAAGAAGGGUUGGAGAAGGUUUAAAGGAUGUCUGGGGCUUCUCAAUCAUGCUGUGGCUAUAUCAAAGACGAAGAAAAAAAGGGCCCACAGGGCGUUUGGUCAGGUUGUUUGCAAGGUCCUUGGUUGGAAUUUCGACCGGCUUCCAAUGAUUGUGCCUAGUACAGAAUGUCCACAAGAAGAGAGUAUGGCAACGUCAAGCAAUCUGCAGUGUGAUCCGAAGAACCAUGCUCAUUUCAAUAGCGAAAGUUUCCAUGAUCCAGACAGCAAAGUGGAAUAUGUUUCUGCGAGGAAUGGCGAAUUAACUUGUGAAUUAAAUUCUAAUGCUCAUCAGAACCAGAGCAUAGAGAUGGCCAGCAAGACUUGUUUGGUUGAAGGCGAUGCCACUGGUAACCUCGGCGGAGGGGACAGCCAGGAUGCAGAAGCAAGCAAUCCAUCUGUAGGAUGCUGUAAAGUGAAGUUCCAAAGGGUGAUUUCUAUGUUCAAUCUAGUUGGUGGAGUGCAUAGCAUAAACUACUUGGGAGAAGAUCCAUUUCAUAACAUGGACUUGACGCACAGUUCAGGUCGAGCGCAUGAUCGUUCAAGCAUGAAGCAUUGAGAUAAAGAACUCAGAACUUGCUUGCAGUCACUGUAAACGAUUAUUACCGACUGAGUAGAACUCGGGAUAGCACAAGCACGGAUAACAAAGAUUAAAGAUUGCUGGAUCUUCUGCACAG